AUAGCAAGAACUUACUAUCCAUGCAACAUGGCCCGGACCAUCAACACGUGGCUCUAUCUCCUGACUUACCUCUGUCUCUGCUGCCUUAUCCCAGUGCGAUGUGCAGGUUUAUUCCGGAAACUCCACGACAAAGUCAUCCUGGAAUGUCCGUUCAGGGAGAAAGAUCUGGGAGUGGAUCUGAAUAAAGUGAUGAUGCGCUGGGACCAUGACGGACGGAUACUGGCCGAGUACAGGGCAGGAGAAGACAACAUCACCAUUUCUGAUCCCCGGGUCAAAAUGUCCAUGGAAGAAUUAGGACAAGGAAAAGCCCCAAUAAAUCUGUUUAAUCUCACACUGACAGACAGCGGAAAAUACACGUGCUUAGUCCAAUAUGGAAACCAGGUGGUGCCGUUUCAGUACAGAGUGCAGGUGAAAGAACGUGGGAUCGAGGUGCAGCACAUAAGCUCUGGCAGCAGAAAGCAGAUUGCCCUGAAUCCGGCUCCGCUGACUAGUCGUCUGUCCAAGCACCACUCCUCGUUACACGUGCCCAACGUGAGCUGUAUCGCAGCGAAGCCUGGGGCUAGCGUGACCCUGAACUGCUCCUUUCAGUCGCCCAGUCCAGUCCGCCUGGAUCAGAGCACUAUUAAAUGGACCAAGAAUGGGGUGGUGAUGCAAUACCAGAAUAAUUCGUGCUGCGGCAGCCUGUACCCUGAGAUUUACUUCGAGGACAGUUUGGUGAAACUGGAACUGAUUAAUGUGACACUGGAGGAUGCUGGGAAUUAUAACUGCUACAUAAAGCACGAGUCUACCGAGCAAAGCUACGAUAUUAUUCUUCAAGUAACCGAAAACUCUGCCUGCAGCGAUUUCUCUGACCCGGUUCCAAGAAACGAGAGCAGGAAGCAGCACGGGGGUCCUACGGAUCUUCAGAUUGGCCUGGUUACCGGCGCGGCUCUUCUUACGGCAGUACUCGCUGUGCUUUUGUAUUUCUGCUACAAACCCUGAUAUCUCUUCCAGCGACGCUUGGCACAGGUAUUCUCGCCUGCUCCUGUUGCUGAGAGUAUUUUGCAGGGAUCGCUGCCUACCGUCACUUCAGCAGCUUUGGCCUUCAACUCCCAUCAAUCACAGCAGAGAGUGUGUUUAUGCAGCCGGCGACUCUCUGCAGCUUCCAAACGGCAACAUUCAUCUUUUUCCAAAUUUUGGCUGUCACAGAGACUGAUUGAGGCAUAUGGCUAAGGUUCAUUUUUUAAUUUUUAUAAAAAAAGACCACAAAUCCUAUUUAACCCCUUAAGGUCCAAAC